AUGAGCUCGGAAGAAAUUAGCAAGGCUAUGGGAUUUAGCUCAUUUUCGAGCAAUAAGACAGCUAAGAAGUUUGACUUUAUGGAGAUGUUUAAUGAGUCUCGAAACAUUGCAAAACAGCGUAACGAGGAGGGAAAUAAGAAGCUAGAUGGUAGUUUUUUAUUGUCAGUAUUUCAUAAGAUUUUAGAAGAAGCUGCUAAGCUAAAUGAGGAAGUUAAGAUUGAUGAAGUGACCGAUAGCUUGAAAGCGACAGAGGAAGAAAAGGAAGAAUCUGAUCAUGAUGACGAUGAUUUUGAAGUCCCCACUUCUUCGGACCAACCUGAUGAUCCUUAUUUUAUUCCAAUGGCUGAGCAUCUUUUAUUUAAUCAUGGCCCCAAACCAGUUACAGCGGUUGCCUUAGAUCCUUCUGGCUCUCGUGUUGCUACAAGCGGCUUUGACUUCGACGUCAAACUUUGGGAUUUCUCUGGUAUGGAUAAGAGCUGUCGAGCCUUCAAGAUUUUUCAACCUACAGCCGAUCAGCAAGUUAAACACAUCGAGUUUAGCCCUACUGGUGAUAACAUGCUAGUCAUAACAGGAUGUCCUCAGGCAAAAAUCUUUACCCGUGAUGCUGAGCCAUAUUGUGAAACUAUACGUGGUUAUCAAUACAUUACUGAUCCUGCCAGUGCAAAGGGUCAUACUCAUGCUCUUAAUGGAGGCACAUGGCACCCAAUUGAUAGCAGAAAAUUCUUAACUUGGUCUCAAGAUACCACCCUCCGUGUUUGGGAGAUUGAUACUGCAGAACAGAUUAUGGAUGAUACCAGAAUUCCAAGUCAUUCAGUCGUUCUAAAACCCCGAAACAAGCAGGGUCGUAAGACUACACCGACCGCUGGAGCUUAUUCCAAAGAUGGUCUCUUAAUCGCGGCCGGGUGCGAAGAUGGAUCAUUGCAAAUCUGGGACACUAGGCGUCCCUUGGUGAACACCUCACUCCUCUACAGAACAGCUCAUCCUGUUGGCACGUUCACAACUAGUCUCUGUUUUUCGUGGGAUGGUCGUUGUAUUGCUUCUCGUGCUAUGGAUGACACGGUGAAGCUUUGGGAUUUGCGUGCUCUGGCAAAGGGGCCCGUUCAUUCUGCAGGUGACUUGCCAGUGCUAUUUGAACAGACAGAGGUGUGCUUCAGUCCAAAUGAUACUAUGAUUGCUACAGCUGUUUCGGCUAGACGUGAAGAUCCGAAGAGUGGAGAAGUGGUUAUUUUCAGAAAGGACACAUUUGAGGAUAUUCACCACCACAAACCUGGUCGCGGUAGCGCAAUUCGAGUGACCUGGCAUCCUCGGAUCCGUCAAAUUAUUACCACAUUCUCAGACGGCACCGCCACAGUUCACUUCGAUUCGUCUCAUUCCCGAAACGGGGCUCUCAUAUGCGCCUAUCGUCAAGCCUCUGAGACAAGUCGCAGACGUCGACAAGGUUAUGGUUCAUCCUCAGACGCCUUCAUCAAACCUACUCUACUCACUUUCGAUGAGGACUCAGUUCGUGUUGCGCGCAAAAUGCGUCGUCGAUUUGGCAAUUUGGAAGAUGAGAGCAAGUUGGCAGUUGCAGCUGCUAUUGCCUCGUACGAAAAAGACUCCAUUGCGGGUAAAGAGGCAGCAAGAAAUGAGGCCAAAAAACGAGUUCCAAAUUCGGGUGAGGACGUGGGACAGAGAGUUGGUUCUCUGCACAAGUACAUGGUUCAACAGAUUGCUCUGCGUAAGAAUGAUGCUGAUGAAAGGGCCGAGAAGGACAUAAGAGGAGCAAUCUUGCAACAUGCCGAUGCCGCUAAGAAAAACCCAUUCUGGACUAAGGCUUAUCUCAAGACACAACCGAAUCCGAUAUUCCAGCAGGAUGAAGCCACUUCUUCGAAGAAACCGAAAACUUCUUAA